UUCUACCUUCUUAUCGCACGAUAUAUCAUUUGCAACACUCCAGACGGGCAUUUAGAAUAAUCGUAUCAAUUGUAUUAACAGCACGCAAGAAAAAAUGAUACUAUUUAUUGAAGGGUGCUUAUGCUACACUGACACCAAACAAGGUUCAAUAGCAACUGCAAUUUUUACUUUGGUUACAAGAGCGUUAUUCCUUGUUGCAUUCUCUAUACUUAUAUCUCAAGGUUAUAGCAUUGUUUUCAUUAAAAAUACCGAACAUUAUUCUGUUUCUCUGAACCUAACAAUAGCCACGCUUGCAGACUGUUGUAUUUUGAUUAUACUCAGCUUAAUCUUAUUGUAUGGACUUCAGAAAAAUAAAAGACAUUUCGUCCUCCCCUGGAUGAUGUAUAUGCCAAUAGAAAUUAUUGGUAGUACCGUUUCUUCCAUUGUCCUAAUGGGGAUGUUCUUAUCUGACGUCAUCGGAACACAUAACAAUGUUAUUUGCGUGAUUUCAAUUGGAUUGAUCAUAUGGGCAGGAUUUAAUUUAUAUCUGCUGCUGUCUGUUAUCUCUCAUUAUCAAGUUAUGGCCGGUAUCAUCUCUAUCAAAUAUCCUAUCUACGUCAAAGAUUUCUCGUACGAUUCUAUUUAAUUAUAA